UAUGAGGAUGUGCAUGUGAACUUCACUCAUGAAGAAUGGGCUUUGCUGGAUCCUUCCCAGAAGAUUCUCUACAAAGAUGUGAUGUUGGAAACCUACUGGAACCUCACUUCUAUAGGAUACAAAUGGGAAGACCAUAAUAUUGAAGAACAUUGUCAGAGCUGUAGAAGAAAUGGAAGGUAUAUCAUCUGUCACCCUAGAUACAAGCCAUGUGAACAUAAAGGGUAUGGAAAGAAGCAUUGUAGUUCUGUCUCUCUCAGAACAAUUGGAAGAUAUGUAGAAGUCCCCACUAUGAGAAGACAUGAUGACUGUGAUACAAGUUUACAAUUAAUUGGUUUUCCAACUUCAGUGGGAAUUCAGCAACAAACUCUCAUUGGAGAAAAUCCUCAUAAGUACCAGGAAUAUGGAAAUGCAUUUCACUGUACUGGUUCACUGUGCACAUGUAGUGUGGCUCACAGUAUAAGAAAAUGUUGUGAAUGCAAUCAGUGUAGUCAAACUCUGAGUUCUUCAAAUUCUCUUCAAAGAUGUGAAAAAUCUUAUGUGGGAAGAGAAAAUAAUAAAUGUGAGUCUUCUACUAAAGGCUUUAGCCUUUACAGGCAUCAUCAAACAUACCAAACACCCAAUAAUAAAGAGGCUCUCUAUGAAUGUAUUCAACAUGAUAAAGACUUUAGAUCUGAUUGCUCUUUAAAAGUAUACCAAAGAACUCAUUUGGAAGGAAAACCCUAUGAGUACAAUCAAAGUUAUAAAGCCAUUGCAUGUCCCAGUCUUCAUCAUCAAGUACAUAGAAUUCAAACUAGAGAGAAAAGGUAUGAAUAUCAGCAAUGUGACAAAGCCUUUCCAUGUCCCACUUAUCUUCAAAUACAUAAUAGAGGUUAUACUGAAGAGAAACCCUAUGAAUGUAAUCAGUGUGGUAAAGCCUUUGUCCAGAAGAGUAGUCUUCUCAGUCAUGAAAGAAUUCAUACUGGAGAGAAACCCUAUGAAUGUAAUCAAUGUGGUAAAGCCUUUGUCCAGAAGAGUAGUCUUCACAGUCAUGAAAAGCAUCAUACUGGAGACAAAUGCUAUGAAUGUAAUCAAUGUGGUAAUGCCUUUACACGGAAGAGUAGUCUUCACAAUCAUGAAAGAAGUCAUAGUGGAGAGAAACCCUAUGAAUGUAAUCAAUGUGGUAAAGUCUUUACAAAGAAGAGUAGUCUUCACAGUCAUAAAAGAAUUCAUACUGGAGAGAAACCCUAUGAAUGUAAUCAAUGUGGUAAAACUUUUAUAGGCAAGAGUAGUCUUCACAAUCAUGAAAGAAGUCAUACUGGAGAGAAACCCUAUGAAUGUAAUCAAUGUGGUAAAGCCUUUGCAGCGAAUUAUAAGCUUCUCAGUCAUGAAAGAAUUCAUACUGGAGAGAAACCCUAUAAAUGUAAGCAGUGUGUUAAAGCCUUUGCAAAGAAGAGUAAUCUUCUCAGCCAUGAAAGAACUCAUUCUGGAGCGAAACCUUAUGAAUGUAAUCAAUGUGGUAAAGCCUUUGCACAGAAGAGUAAUCUUCUCAGUCAUGAAAGAAUUCAUACUGGAGAGAAACCCUAUGAAUGUAAUCAAUGUGGUAAAGCCUUUGCAACAAAGGGUAAUCUUGACAGUCAUGAAAGAAGUCAUAGUGGAGAGAAACCCUAUGAAUGUAAUCGAUGUGGUAAAGCCUUUGCACAAAAGAGUAGUCUUCAAAGUCAUGAAAGAAUUCAUCAUGGAGAGAAACCCUAUGAAUGUAAUCAAUGUGGUAAAGCCUUUGUCCAGAAGAGUAGUCUUCACAGUCAUGAAAUAAUUCAUACUGAUAAGAAACCCUAUGAAUGUAAUGAAUGUGGUAAAUCCUUUGCAGCGAAGAAGAAUCUUCUUGGUCAUGAAAGAAAUCAUACUGGAGAAAAACCUUAUGAAUGCAGUCAAUGUGGUAAAGCCUUUGCACUGAAGAAGUAUCUUCUCAGUCAUGAAAGAAUUCAUACUGGAGAGAAACCCUUUGAAUGUAAUCAAUGUGGUAAAUCCUUUGCAACAAAGAGUCGUCUUCUUAGUCACAAAAGAAUUCAUACUGGACAGUACCACAUGGAUGUAAUCAAUGUGGUAAUUUCAGAUGUGAGCUACCAUGUGGGAGCUGGAAACUGAACUGUGUUUUCUACAAGGGGUGUUUGCUGGAGUCCUGCUCUAUAGGGGUUCAGGUCCUAAAAAGGAGAUCGGGCAAUAACAAAGUAAGAUUGCUGUGAUCUGAGGGUGAAUGAGGAUAGCUGUUGCUUUAUUGAAAAAGGACUAUACCCUUUAUACUCUAUAACUGAACAUUAGUUUAGACUCAAGAAAGGUUGAAAGGAGACUUAAUGAUUCCAUGAUGAAACCAACCAUCAACCUCAUCACAGCAUUUUUCCUGAGGCAAAAAGUGAUAAAUUCAGCAAGUAUCUUAAUGCCUUUCUGGAUCCAAGCCCAUUGUUCCCUUUCAUAGUGUGCUUUCAUCCUUGAACUAUGUGUAUCCAGUUAGUACAUCUUUAAGUUUCCUAUUCUUGGUGUAAUCAGGGAGACACAAUAGGGAUUCUUGUGUGGGCGUAGGCAUAGUUAUCAUGCUAUAUCUAUGAUUCCAUGGUGGUGGGGAUUUUUUCCAAGAAUUAUGUUUAAAGAGACUUGCCAUUAAAAAGUCCACAAAAAAAUUUCCACAGGAAAAGGCUUAAGGAAACUUCAUAACAUAAUUAGUGAGAAUUAUUAAAACUAAAAGGUAAAAGAUGCUGGAAAUUUAAGAUCUGUAAUGUCAAAGUGCUGGAACUUUGUGAAAUAGCAAUGGUAUCCAUGCAGUUCACACCAGGUACUAAACUACUAAAUCAUCUCUCAUCCCUUUUUGUUUCUUUUAAGAUUUAAUUUAUUAUUCUUAUCUUUGUGAGUGCAUAUUAUAGUUUGAAAUCAGAUGAUAGCCUGUGUGACCCAGUCUUCCCUUUCUACCACUCAGGUCCUUAGGACCAAAGCAUCAGCCUUGGCUUCAAGCACCUUUACCUGCUUCUACCAUGCCACAACAUCCACUGAGCCCUGAUAGUUCUUUUGUUAAUCAUUGUUUUUAGGUUUUGUUUUUAAAACAGGCUUAUCAAGUUCAGGCUGACCUUGAACUUAAGACCUUUCUGCUUCCACCUCCAAUUACUGGGAUGACAGGUUUCACUGCUGUUAUUUACCAGGCAUGAGAACGGACCACAAGAUACAACAAAACCCACUUUAAGAGUUUUAUUGUGGGGGAUAGGAGGGCUGGAGAGAUGGCUCAGAGGUUAAGAGCACCAACUGCUCUUCCAGAGGUCCUGAGUUCAAUUCCCAGCAACCACAUGGUGACUCACAACCUUCUAU